GUGAUUUAGUCUACCAAGUCACGGUACAAUGUCCCAGAUCAAAAAUCAAGUGAGUCGGUCUGCCAAUACACCACAGAGAGGGAUAUGGGUGUCUCAGCCGAAAGCCAAAGACGAAGACGGGAAGCAAUCUGCACAAGGUCGUUGGCGACUGUCGAUCGAGUCAUCCAAACCCGAAGAUAGCACUGUUGGAUGCAGUGAUCCGAAAAGCUGUGUGGGGAUCAUCGGAUUGUGAAGGGUAUGAUUUAGCCUGGUUCCAGUGUGUUCUCUGUAUAGCAGUUGAUAAUCCCGGGUCACUUGUGGUCUGACUUCUGUGAGAAUAGAGUAACUUCAGGAUGGGGCGGCUAAAGCUGCAAUCUGGAAUCAAGGCCAUUGAAGAAGAACCUGAAGAUUGUGAGUCAGCAAAUUCUCCUCAAUUCGCUAUUGGAUGUAUGAUUAAUUCAGAAAUAGGUGCUGUAUUGGCUGUCAUGAGGAGGAAUGUGAGGUGGGGUGGUCGCUAUAUGUCGGGUGAUGAUCAGCUGGAGCACUCUCUCAUUCAAUCUUUGAAGGCAUUACGGAGGCAAAUAUUUUCAUGGCAGCAUCAGUGGCAUUCCAUGAAUCCAACCGUGUAUCUACAGCCGUUUUUGGAUGUGAUUCGAUCUGAUGAAACUGGGGCACCGAUCACAGGUGUUGCUUUGUCAUCUGUUUACAAGAUUUUGACUCUUGAUGUGCUUGAUCUGAACACAGUAAAUGUUGAAGAUGCUAUGCACUUGGUAGUUGAUGCCGUGACUAGCUGCAGAUUCGAGGUGACUGAUCCUGCAUCAGAAGAAGUGGUCCUGAUGAAGAUACUUCAGGUUCUUCUGGCUUGCUUGAAAAGUAAAGCAUCUGUUAUGUUGAGUAAUCAGCAUGUUUGCACCAUUGUAAACACAUGUUUCCGUGUAGUACAUCAAGCAGGAACAAAAGGUGAGCUGUUGCAGCGUAUAGCUCGCCACACAAUGCAUGAACUUGUUAGGUGUAUUUUUUCACACCUUCAAGAUGUGGACAACACAGAAUGUUCGUUGGUUACAAGAGGCAGUUCUAUCAAACAGGAUGUUGGUGGGAUGGAUAAUAAUUACAGUCUUGGGACUAAAUCCUUAGAGAACGGCAAUGGUACUUCAGAAUAUGAUGGCCAACCAUCUUCUGUGAGUUUCAGUUCUAAUGCUGCCGGUGGUCUGGUUACAGCUGUGAUGGAUGAAAAUAUACUCGCUUCAGGUAAUGGGAAGGAUGCUAUCUCAUAUGAUAUGCAAUUGAUGACAGAGCCUUAUGGGGUCCCCUGCAUGGUGGAGAUAUUUCACUUCUUGUGUUCAUUAUUGAAUGUUGUUGAACAUAUGGGAAUGGGUCCCAGAUCAAAUACUAUAGCUUUUGAUGAAGAUGUGCCUCUUUUUGCCUUGGGUUUGAUCAAUUCAGCAAUUGAAUUGGGUGGCCCUUCUAUACGGCGUCACCCUAGGCUGUUGAGUUUGGUACAGGAUGAACUAUUCCGUAAUCUGAUGCAAUUUGGCUUGUCAAUGAGCCCACUAAUUCUUUCAAUGGUUUGUAGUGUUGUUCUCAGUCUAUAUCAUCAUUUGCGUUCUGAACUCAAACUACAGCUUGAAGCUUUCUUUUCCUGUGUGAUUUUGAGGCUUGCACAAGGCCGUUAUGGGGCUUCAUACCAGCAGCAGGAGGUUGCCAUGGAGGCUCUUGUUGAUUUUUGCAGGCAGAAGGCAUUUAUGGUGGAGAUGUAUGCUAACUUAGAUUGCGACAUUACUUGCAGCAAUGUGUUUGAAGAUCUGGCCAAUUUAUUGUCAAAAAGUGCAUUUCCUGUAAACUGCCCUUUGUCUGCGAUGCACAUUCUUGCUUUGGAUGGUCUGAUUGCUGUAAUUCAGGGAAUGGCUGAGAGGAUCAGCAAUGGAUCAGUUAGUUUGGAACACGGCCCCGUAACCCUUGAGGAGUAUACCCCAUUUUGGAUGGUGAAGUGUGACAACUACAGUGAUCCUGAUCAUUGGGUACCAUUUGUCCGGCGGAGGAAAUACAUUAAAAGGAGACUGAUGAUUGGUGCUGAUCACUUUAAUCGGGAUCCCAAGAAAGGGCUUGAGUUUCUUCAAGGAACGCAUCUCUUGCCCGACAAACUUGAUCCCCAGAGCGUGGCUUGCUUUUUCAGGUAUACUGCUGGGUUAGAUAAGAAUCUUGUUGGGGAUUUCCUAGGCAAUCAUGAUGAGUUUUGUGUUCAGGUUCUUCAUGAAUUUGCCGGGACAUUUGAUUUCCAAGACAUGAACCUGGAUACUGCAUUGCGGCUAUUUCUGGAAACUUUCCGAUUGCCUGGAGAAUCACAAAAGAUACAAAGGGUUCUAGAGGCAUUCUCAGAGAGAUAUUAUGAACAAUCACCGCAGAUUCUAGCUAACAAGGAUGCGGCUCUCUUGUUGUCCUAUUCACUAAUAAUGCUCAACACAGAUCAGCACAAUGUACAAGUUAAGAAAAAGAUGACAGAGGAGGAUUUUAUCCGGAAUAAUCGGCACAUCAAUGGGGGUAAUGAUCUUCCUCGAGAGUUCUUGUCAGAAUUGUACCAUGCAAUCUGCAAGAAUGAGAUACGCACAACCCCAGAACAAGGUUCUGGUUUCCCUGAAAUGACACCAAGCCGUUGGAUUGAUUUAAUGCACAAGUCCAAUAAAACUGCCCCAUUCAUUGUGUCAGAUUCCAGAGCCCAUCUGGACCGAGAUAUGUUUGCUAUAAUGUCAGGCCCAACAAUUGCGGCUAUUUCUGUGGUAUUUGAUCAUGCAGAACUUGAAGAUGUAUACCAAACAUGUAUUGAUGGAUUCUUAGCUGUUGCAAAGAUUUCUGCAUGCCACCAUCUCGAAGAUGUUCUGGAUGACUUGGUGGUGUCUCUAUGCAAGUUCACAACCCUCGUGACCCCGUCUUCUGGCGAGGAACCUGUUUUAGCCUUUGGUGAUAACACAAAAGCUAGGAUGGCAACUGUAACAGUUUUUACCAUUGCAAAUAGGUAUGGUGAUUUCAUCCGUGCUGGUUGGAGGAAUAUCCUGGAUUGCAUCUUAAAAUUGCACAAGCUUGGUCUUCUACCUGCUCGUGUAGCCAGUGAUGCAGCUGAUGAUUCAGAAAUCUCUUCUGAACCUGGACAUGGGAAGCCUCUAACAAAUUCUUUAUCUUCAGCUCACAUGGCACCCAUGGGUACUCCAAGGAGAUCUUCUGGACUGAUGGGCCGGUUCAGUCAGCUCUUAUCUCUCGACACAGAGGAGCCAAGGUUGCAACCUACUGAACAGCAACUUGCUGCUCAUCAACGCACCCUUCAGACAAUUCAGAAAUGCCACAUUGACAGUAUUUUCACAGAGAGUAAGUUUCUGCAAGCCGAUUCUUUAUUACAGCUUGCACGGGCACUCAUUUGGGCUGCCGGGCGACCUCAAAAGGGAAAUAGUUCUCCUGAGGAUGAAGACACUGCAGUUUUCUGCUUAGAGUUGCUGAUUGCAAUUACCCUGAACAACAGGGAUAGAAUUGGGCUACUCUGGCAGGGUGUUUACGAGCACAUAUCCAACAUUGUUCAGUCAACUGUGAUGCCCUGUGCCCUGGUUGAGAAAGCUGUUUUUGGAUUACUACGGAUUUGCCAACGGCUACUUCCCUAUAAAGAGAACCUUGCUGAUGAACUGCUGAGGUCACUGCAACUUGUUCUGAAGCUUGAUGCUCGUGUGGCUGAUGCAUACUGUGAACAAAUCACACAGGAAGUCAGUCGUCUGGUGAAAGCAAACGCCACACACAUCCGGUCCCAAAUGGGAUGGCGUACAAUCACAUCUCUACUCUCCAUCACAGCUCGUCACCCAGAAGCUUCUGAAGCAGGAUUCGAUGCACUGUUGUUUAUCAUGUCUGAAGGAGCCUACUUAAUGCCAGCCAAUUAUGUCCUCUGUGUUGAUGCAGCAAGGCAGUUUGCUGAGUCACGUGUUGGACAGGCAGACCGAUCUGUGCGUGCACUGGAUCUCAUGGCGGGUUCUGUUGCUUGUUUAGCAAGAUGGGCGCAAGAAGCUAAGGAAGCUAUGGGGGAGGCAGAGGCCGUAAAAACAUGCCAGGAUAUAGGGGAAAUGUGGUUGAGGCUUGUGCAGGGACUGAGAAAAGUUUGCUUGGAUCAAAGAGAAGAAGUUAGGAACCAUGCUCUCUUGUCAUUGCAAAUGUGCUUGACGGGAGUAGAUGGGGUCCACCUUCCUCAUGGACUAUGGUUGCAGUGUUUUGAUUUAGUCAUAUUCACGGUGCUUGAUGACUUGCUUGAAAUUGCACAGGGGCACUCCCAAAAAGACUACCGCAACAUGGAAGGGACACUUGUCCUUGCAUUGAAGCUCCUUUCAAAAGUGUUUUUACAGUUGCUUCACGAGCUCUUGCAAUUAACAACCUUCUGCAAACUAUGGCUGGGUGUUCUUAGCCGGAUGGAAAAGUAUUUGAAAGUGAAAGUCAGAGGGAAGAGAAGCGAGAAGCUUCAGGAACUAGUCCCGGAGCUUCUUAAGAACACCUUGCUUGUUAUGAAGACAAAGGGGGUGUUGGUGCAGAGGACUGCUCUGGGCGGAGAUAGCUUGUGGGAACUGACGUGGUUACAUGUGAAUAACAUCGCGCCAUCUCUGCAAUCUGGAGUGUUCCCAGAUCAAGAAUCCAUGCAGUCACUGCCUAAUCAAGGUGAAACAGGGGAAAGUCUCGUGUCCAAUGGAAACAAUUCUGCUCCAAAUGAACAGUGACUCCAGAAAGUGCCUGUGCUCGACCAAGGAGCUAAUGGACUGUAUGGGUAUUUUGUGGCUUGAAUUAGGCUUCUUAAUCCAUGGUUUUUACCUGGUUUGAUUGUGAAGAUGGUGGUGUUCAUGUUAGAUCGUAGUUUUAUUAUAAGUUUGUUGAAUUUCACAGUAUAGGCUGAUCAAGAUCCUCCAAACAGCAUUAUGGUUGGAUCUGCAAGGUAUAAUUUGGCACCAAGGAACAUAUAGGUUGAGGUUUUUUGCUGUUCAAGACUAGAUGUCAAGUGAUCUUCUAUCCCUGGUGCCCUUUUUUUAUAUCCUCAGUGAAAGUUUGUCCACUGUAUUUUCUAGAUUAACCACAUAUUUGUGGGUGAAUCUUACAUUGUGCCCUCAAAUUCAAAAUAUCUGACCUUGAGCCUUGAAUGUAUUGACAAGGUGGAAAAUGUACCCUGAAUCACAGAGGGAAGCUGUUUUGCUGUCAAUGUGCCCCUCAACGUGUGUUACAUGAAUUGCUAAACACACCAAAAUAGCACCCCAAAUCUAGCCAUUGGGACAACCGGCUCUUCUUAUCC